CGGUUCAGGCCGGAAGUAGAACAAGGUCUACAGAGGAUUCAGAAGGGGAGAAAAUGGCGGAGCAGCUAGGAGGAGGAGGAGGAGGAGGAGGAGGCGGAGGCGGAGAUGUUCCGCAGCGGCAAUCACCACAACAAAAUCAAAAUCAAAGAGAAGACAUGACUUCGUAUGUCACCGCCUUAGAAACGGCUCUGCUUCCAUGCCUGCCCGCCAGGGAGCUCCAAGCCAUUGAUCGAUCUCCUCAUCCUUCUCAUCAAAUUGACGUGGAGAGGCAUGCCAGAGACUUUAUGGAGGCUGCAAAAAAGCUUCAAUUAUAUUUCAUCAGCCUGCAGCGGGAUGACUUACCAACCAAUAUUGAAACCCUUAGGAAGGAGAUUGCUAUGAUGGAAGAAGAGCUGAAGAACAAAAAUGAGAUUAUCAAGAAGCAGGAAAGACUCAUCCAAGGGUGGACUAAGGAGUUGAAAGACCAACUAGAUAAACACAAUACUGAGCUGGAAAGAGUGUAGUUAGAAAAACCUAGCUUAUCAAUCAAUUAAUGGCAGAGCUUGUGGAGUUUCGUGUAAUGUUUCGGAAGUCAGUUUUGCCUUAUUUUUCAUGUUGGAUUUUGCGAUUUUUUGGAAAAUGCAACUGAUUCUCUCAAAUUUCCGAACA